AUGUCUCCUACCUUGCUCAGAAACGUCGACACGGUUGAAAUUGUCGAUAUCCACCAGAAUGACAUGGAAUUUUCCCUGGUGGAUGAUAUCUACAAGAAUCUGGACCCACCAGCAGACAGACAGCGCGCAUUCCCCACCCUCCUACUCUACGACGCCAAAGGAUUGAAGCUCUUCGAGGAGAUCACUUACUUGGAUGAAUACUAUCUUACCAACACGGAGAUCGAGAUUUUGACAAAACAUGCGAAGAGGAUAGUCGCCCGCAUUCCGGAGAAUGCACAGUUGGUGGAACUCGGAAGUGGAAACCUGCGCAAGAUCGAGAUUCUACUUAGAGAAUGUGAACGGACUGAGAAGAAAGUGGAUUACUAUGCUUUGGACCUUUCAUUGGCCGAGUUACAGCGAACAUUCUCUGAAAUCUCGCCCGAAAGCUUCAUCCACGUAGGAUUCCAUGGCCUCCAUGGGACGUACGAUGAUGCUGUCGGCUGGCUUAAAAGCCCAGAAAACCGAAAGCGGCCCACCGUGGUCUUGUCGAUGGGAUCAUCCAUGGGCAAUUUUAGUCCUUCAAGUGCUGCGGAAUUUCUUGGGGGUUUUUCCAAGCUAUUGAGCCCGUCCGAUUUCAUGCUUAUCGGAUUGGAUGCAUGCAAGAACCCAGAGAAGGUGUUUAAGGCUUAUAACGAUACCAAAGGUAUUACUCGCCAAUUCUAUGAGAAUGGCCUCCUGCAUGCCAAUGCGAUUCUUGGCUUUGAGGCCUUCAAGCCCGACGAAUGGGAGAUCGUGACUGAGUAUGAUACCCGCGAGGGACGGCAUCAAGCCUUUUAUGUCCCAAGAAUUGAUGUGGUCAUCAAUGGGAUCAGUAUUCCCAAAGGAGAGAGGCUCAUCUUUGAAGAGGCAUGGAAAUACGGUCGCAAUGAACGGGAUGAGUUGUGGCGCAAUGCAAACCUCAUUUCCCAGGUCGAAUUCGGAAAUCUGACAGAUGAUUAUCACCUUCAUCUGCUAUCACCCGCCGCGCUUGACGUGUCUAUGGACCCUUCGAAAUAUGCAGCCCAACCGAUCCCGAGUAUUGACCAAUUCCAGUCCCUUUGGACUGCGUGGGACCUCGCGACCAGAACCAUGGUCCCUCGUGAGGAGCUUUUGUCCAAACCGAUCAAACUCCGAAAUGCGCUAAUCUUUUACUUUGGCCACAUUCCGGCAUUUUUCGAUAUCCAUCUGUCGCGGGCUUUGCAGGAGGAGCCCACUGAGCCUAGCUAUUAUAGACUGAUUUUUGAGCGUGGCAUUGAUCCGGACGUGGAGGAUCCGCAGCAAUGCCACACCCACAGCGAAAUACCUGACGAGUGGCCGCCACUAGAUGAAAUUCUGGACUACCAAGAUAGAGUGCGGAACCGUGCGCGUUCAAUCCUGCAAGAGAGAUAUGCGUUGCAAGACCGCGCCAUUGGAGAGGCUCUUUGGAUUGGAUAUGAGCACGAAGCAAUGCAUCUCGAGACUUUCCUCUACAUGCUACUCCAGAGUGAUAAAACUCUGCCUCCCACAGGAGUUGAUCGUCCGAAUUUUGAGCAAAUCAGUCGCCAGGCGAAGAGAGACGAAAAGCCAAACAAAUGGUUUACCAUUCCACAACAGACUAUCGAAAUUGGAUUGGAUGACUCCAACGAAGAAAUGAUGCCAAAUGAAUCUUUUGGAUGGGACAACGAGAAGCCUCAAAGGAAGGCCACUGUGCAUGCCUUUGAAGCUCAGGCGAGACCCAUCACCAAUGGUGAAUAUGCCAAGUACGUGCAGGAUAUGGGUAUUCAAACAUACCCGGCGUCUUGGGUGGUUAAUCAGGGCCAAGACAAUCCCAUUUCCAAGGGCAUCGGUUCCUCAUGCGUCCAGGCUGGUUCGAGCUCCAAUCCUGCAAGAUUUUCGCUGGAGGACAUCACAGUUCGGACUGUGUUUGGACCGGUGGCUCUUGAGCUUGCACAAGACUGGCCAUUGAUUGCUUCCUACGAUGAAGUUGCAAGCUAUGCAAAGUGCAUGCAAUGCAGGAUUCCCACGUUUGAAGAGACCAGGAGCAUAUAUCACUACUCAGACCAGCUCAAAACUGAUCGAGCUACGAAUAGCCCCAGGAAUGUGUCCAAUGGGGUUGCUAAAGAUAGCAAGCUCCACUCUGCUGACCAGGCUAUUUUCCGUGAUCUCACCGGUUGCAAUGUUGGCUUUAAUAACUGGCACCCUGUUCCUGUCACACCCAAUGGGGAUCAGUUAGCUGGUCAGGGCGAAAUGGGAGGUGUCUGGGAAUGGACUAGCACACCAUUGAUGCCGCACGACGGCUUCAAAUCCAUGGAUAUCUACCCUGGAUACACGUCGGACUUCUUCGAUGGAAAACACAAUAUCGUUCUUGGGGGCUCCUGGGCUACUCUGCCUCGCAUUGCUGGCCGGACUACUUUUGUCAAUUGGACUAUCUCCCCCGCCACCAAUGAGCCUGUUGUCACCCGCACCGGUGUCUCAUCGGAGGAUUUGAAACAGAUCCCCGUGGCCGCUCAAGCAGCUUUCCGGUCAUUCUCACAGUCCACAACUUUGGAACAGAGGCAGAAGAUUGUGGAACGUGCUCUUGACAUCUUGGAGAAAAAGAAGGAUGAAUUGGCACGUGAGGUUACUGAGCAGAUGGGCCGGCCCAUCGCUUAUACCGGGGUCGAAAUUGCGACCGCUAUCAAGCGCAGUCGUUACUUGACACGCAUUAGCACCUCCGUACUGGGUGAGGAAGGAAUUGUGCCCGGAGAGGAGGAGAAGGGAUUCAGACGGUAUAUCAAGCGUUCGCCUGUCGGUGUGGCGCUGAUUAUCUUCCCGUGGAACUACCCCUACCUCACUCUUGUGAACAGCUUGAUUCCUGCCAUUCUCGCUGGAAACGCUGUUAUCCUGAAGCCUUCCCCCCAGACUCCAACAAUCGUCGAACAGUUUGCCUCUGCUUUUACCGAGGCCGGUCUUCCCGAAAACGUGCUCCAAUUCUUCCACUGCGGAUCUUUCACAUUUAUUGAGACUUUGGUGCGAUCCCCACUGGUGAACAAUAUCUGUUUUACGGGUUCGGAAGCUGGGGGCCUGGCAGUGCAAAAGGCAGCCUCGGAUCGGAUUGUGAAUGUUGGUCUGGAGCUUGGUGGCAAGGACCCGGCCUACGUACGAGAUGAUGUAGAUCUCGCCUGGGCCGCUGAGGAAGUUGUGGAUGGCGCUAUCUUCAAUAGUGGACAGAGCUGCUGCGCUAUCGAGCGUGUCUAUGUUCACGAGAAGGUCUACGAUGGUUUCAUUACUGAGGUGAAGAAGGUACUGAGCAACUACCGUGUCGGCGAGCCUUCCGAUCCUAAGACCCAGAUUGGACCAGUUGUCUCCAAGCAUGCGAAGGAGGCGAUUCUUGCGCAAAUCGAGGAUGCCGUGCAGAAAGGCGCGAAGAACGAGACUCCUGCUAAUGAGACAUUCGAGAACUUCCCUCCGAAUGGAAACUAUGUCAAGCCCACACUACUGACCGGCGCUAAUCACGAUAUGGCCGUGAUGAAGGAUGAAACAUUUGGGCCUGUGAUCCCUGUAAUGAAGGUCUCCGGUGACAACGAGGCCGUUCGUCUGAUGAACGAUAGCAACUUCGGUCUUACCGCCAGUGUUUGGAGCAAGGAUGUUGCGGCGGCCGAGCAGCUGGUUGAGCGUGUUGAGGCUGGCACUGUCUUUGUCAACCGAUCUGACUUCCCUAGCCCUGACCUCGCCUGGACAGGCUGGAAGAACUCUGGUCGCGGUGUUACCCUGAGUCGAUUCGGUUUUGAGCAGUUUGUCAAACUGAAGAGCCACCACAUCAAAAAUUACCCCAAAUAA